AACAAGUGAGAAGGUAAACAAACAUCAGCUGCUGCCCCUCGCCAUGGACACCACCACACACCUCUUACUCCUCUAUUCUUUCCUCCUCCUGCUAUAUUCACCUCUAAUAUUAACAGCUAACCAGAUAAAAGGUCUAGAUGAUGCUAUAUUAUUCCGAGUGAACUGGCCAGGAGCAGAGAGUGACGGUUUAUUGGAGUCACCGGACUAUGAGAAGCUGGUGAUGACGAGCUCCAAUAAUGAACAGUACCAGUGUCUUGUGCCUAUCAAUUAUGGUGAUAAGAAUGACGACGGAGAAAUGUACAGGGGACCCAAUGCCUUGACACUCCUGCUGCCGCUGUUGAGGAAGGAGUCAUGUGUUUUGAGGCUUGAGUCGUACUGGACAUACGAGCUGUGUCACGGCGCCCACAUCAAACAGUACAGAGAGGAGCGGGAGGGCAAGACAGCACGGGUACAAGAGUACACCUUAGGCCUGUUCUCCUUAGACUAUCUGCCAGAUUUGAUCAGGAAGUUAGAACAACAGUUAAAGGAACACCCCCAUGCUAUUAUUCCCACCACUAAGAUAGAAGGAGUCAACAUGCCUUAUUUCAAGCUGAACUACACGGGGGGGACGGUGUGCGACCUCACCGGAAGGCCUCGCGUCAGCCACAUCCUGUUUGUGUGCUACGAGGAGGGACGACACGACAUCUACAGCAUCAAGGAAACGUACACCUGCGAGUACGAGAUAAUAGUCCUGUCGCCGAUCCUGUGUCAGCAUCCGUCGUACAGACCUCACGACCUGCCACAGACGAGCCUUCACUGUGUCCCUAUGAACGGCAGCCCGAAGAGACCUCGUAGCCUUCUCCAGAUCGAAGCCGAGAGCCUUAAACUGCGGUCCAAUGGGGCAGUGCUCACCGGAGAUACAUCAAGUGGCUCCGUCAAACUUGCAGUCGUGGAGGACGAAGAGAGUCCGACCUUAACCUCUUUCACCCCAGAACCUCAGCCUAAGUUGUCGCUCUUUCCCCCUCAACCGGCCAUCGACCAGAAACUUGUGGAGGACUUCCUUAGCGGAGCAUAUUGUUUACACGGUGGAUCGGGAUGGUGGAAGUACGAGUUCUGUUACGGCCGGAAGGUGGAGCAGUACCAUGAGGACCGGGAUGGAUCCAAGACCAUCGUCCUCCUGGGAGAGUUUAAUGUGGAGGAACACAGGAAGUGGUUGGCAAAGAAUCCAGAUAAGGGGUACAAGCUGGGCAAGAGGCACGUGUCACACCUGUACUCUGGAGGUAGCAUGUGCGACCUGACGGGCAAUCCUCGGCAAGUUGAGGUCAAACUGAGGUGUAAGGAAUCAAACAGUCCAAGUUCCGUCACCCUAUACCUCCUGGAGCCUCAAACAUGUGAGUAUACGCUGGGUGUUGAGACGUCCAUCGUGUGUCCUCUCCUCCAACACGCUGACGAGCUGGGACUCUUUACCCUGUCGACUGGUGUUGAUGAGGUAACAGCAGAUUCCGAGGUUGUAAGCACAACUACUGACUACCAGCAGCGGGAGACACAUAAAGGAGUGAUUGAUAAAGUAGACGAGGAAGAUUACGAUGAGGAAUAUGUUGAUGGUGAUGUACGCGAUGAUGAAGAUAGUGAAGAACAGAGUUAUAUUAAUGCAUAAGAUAUGGUGUGACUUGUGUAGGAUUGAGGUCGUCCAAAAUCGAGCGUCGGUGACAAAAUAGAAGCUACACCUCCAGGUCUGGGUGACCAUUGGGGGCGGAUGUAGUCGGGUGUGUCGGAGGUUCACAUCUUUGGUGGUUAAACCUUACGUGGGAUGAGCUGUUCCAGGUUACAAAUACUGGAUAGUUGGGACCAGUAAACUGUAGUAGUGAAAUGGGUGACCUUCUUGGUAUAUUUAAGCUUCACUUCCAAAAAAAUUUAGCCCAUUGUUCUCCAUGUGAUGCCUUAGGUUAGGUAAGAUAAGGUGAAAAGAUUAACCUUCCUGGUAACUUUAAGCUUUGGUUCCAGAAUUAUUUAGCCAAUAGGUGCACAAACAAUGGUCAUUAAUAAGUCAUUUUAACCAACUACAACUCCUGAAAGACAAUUGAAGUUUAUUACCACCGGGGUCACUGCUGUUGUAGGUAGUUCUAGUGGUAGUUACUGGUGGUUAAGCUUUAUGCCGGUGACUUCAGGCAAUUAGUUCACAUUGGAAGAAACAUUAAUGGUUUUGUUCAACACAUAAUGGACACAUCUUGGAGUUUGUAAAGGAAUGUAAGCAAGUUAUGUGUUGAUUCAUGAUAUUUGGGGCGUUAUGUAAGGACUUCAUAGGAUAUUUUAGGGCCGGUGAGGAGAAUGGAUGGAUAGAGUGGGGAGGGAUGAUGUUGAUAAUGAUGAGGCACAAACAGGUGUUGGGUCAAUCAAGGACAUAAUUAAUGUAGGAGGAAUAAAAAUCACUCUUAUGAAAAUGCUGAUGUACAUUUGUUUGGGAGUCUUAUAGUUAAUAGGCUAUACUUCUCUCUUUUUCUCCGUUAAAUGUGAGAGUUGAUUUUACGGUUACAAUAAUUAACUCUGUUCUAUUGGCCGAGGAUAAUUACCAGGUGGUCGCGGUAUGAUGGCCAAAGGAGGUUCAUUAGUUACAGGAUUUGUUUUUCUUGGGGUAUUUUUUGGUGAUGGCAUCAAAACCAAAUUGUCAUUAGUUUUUUUGCUUCAGGCUGUUUUUUUGUGUUUUCCUUUGCUGGCCGUUUAACUCUUAAACCUUGGCCAUCAACAGUGGGAGUUAGCUGUAGGGACGGCAGCCAUCAACAGUGGGAGUUAGCUGUAGGGACGGCAGCCAUCAACAGUGGGAGUUUUAUUAUAUUUUAUACUCAUAGGGAGGGAGUAGGGGGAAGUCCUUAGUUGCUGAUUAUAUUGGUUAAAGAACAAACUCCAGCACCAGUUAUAUUGGUGCUGAGUUGACUAAUCACUGAUGGAAAUUAUUAUACAAAUACUUUACAUUUUGUCAGAAUCUUGUAUAUUUAAGUGAAUAUGAAAGUUAUUUUGUUAGUGCUCAAACAGAUGCAGUUAUUGUCAAAAGUAUAUCCAAAGUUCAGGUGUCAUGAGUUGAACUGAUUCUGAAGGAAAAUUCUUGUUAGCCUUUUUUAUUUUUAAUGGAAUUGAGUUAGGGAAAUACCUAGAUGGAAUGGAAGCUUAACGUUACCAUGAGGGUCUCCUGUACAGUAGACCUAUUUUUUCAAGUGCUGAGACUCAAGUACAAUGUUAAGUGGUGAUUGGUAUAAGUCAUAAGGUUUCUUACAGUAUCCAAGGCCACGAAAACUACAGUCCGAUGAAGCGUCGUGUUUAGUAAUGUUUCUGGCUGUGGUGUUGAAGGUGUUUGGGGUUACAUUGUUAUAUGAUAAAACUUGAUUGAGACCACCGAUCAUACGUUGUCUAGUGUGUGUCCCUGUGGGCGGACGUAUUGUAACGCUUGUCCCGGGUGACGUGUGAAUGCUGGUGUGCGUACAGUAUAAAAUUCCAAAGGGGUCACACUUAUAAACCUACUUGAGUGUUAUCCCUGGCAGUGGAACGUUGUCUCUGAUGCCUUUUUGUGGAUGUAGUGCAACUUGACGUAGAGGAAAGAACCUACGUUACAGGUAGGGGCUACAGGAUUAAAGAAGUUUAUCUUCAUUUUCACGUGUUGUUAUAAAGCAUUUCUGUGGACACUUUGCAAAUUAUCAUUGAGUAAAUAUAUGAGGAGCUCCGGGAGAGAAGUAGACAAGUGAGCGAAAUGCAGUUAAAGUUUGAGGAUGUUUAAUGGUAUAAUAAACACAACUUACGCUGGUUUGUCUACUGUCUUGAUCUUGCCCGGAGUAUCUCGCAUGCAUUAGGCUUGAAGAAUAUAAUAAUAACAAUGAAUAGACUAAAGGUUUUACUAAUAGGUAUACUUUACACACUACCUAACAGGUUUUUGUGGCUAUCAUGUAAAUGCUCGUAUUACAGCAAGAGCCACACAUCGACAAGUGAGGACAAUGUUGCUAUUAUAAUACUGUAGUGUAGUGGACAAGCAUCUAUGUGAUUGUUAUAAAAAUGUGUUAGGCAGUAUGUACAGUAUAUUUUGUUCUUUUAAUUUUUUGGGGGAGACACCCUGAAAAAUGAUGAAUCAUAUUUUCUCUGGAUAAGAACAUUAAGUAAAUUCUUCCAUUGUGAAAGCCACAGAGGAUCAUUAUAUUUAUUACCAAGUGAAUAAGAAUCUUAAUUAUUUAUUUUUAGACCAAUUAAAUAUUGUUUAACCCAAGUUUGUUCAACACAAACUGAUCUAUACAGAUACACAUUGUCUGCCUCUGUUGAUGUAUGUAAAUGAAGUACUGUACUGUAUUCCCUCAUUGGGGCUCACACCGUCUAGCCCACGUGGGACUGUAGAUGUUGUUGGGCUGAACUGUAGUAUAAGAUUCCACAUAUUGGUGAUGAAUUAUGAGUACAGUAUGUGGUGGUGGAGCGGUUACCCUGUAAAUGGUGCUCUGUCAGUCUUAAGGUUUGAGCCCUGAUCUAGAGAUACAAUAAUUGAGUCACGAGGCAAUGAUGACAGUAAUUUAAAUGAGACGAAGACCUGUCCCUAAGGAAAAAGACCUUGACAGAGUGAUAGAUCAUUGACUGAAGGCGGUACAACAAGUGAGAAAAGAAAAUUAAAUAUGGCAAUUGUAAAGCAUACCUUUGAAUAGAGAGAUAAGAAAAUGCUCCUUCAACUGCACAAAUCUCAAGUGCCUAUCAGUCUGGAUUACUGUAUACAGGCAUGGAAACCUUACCUCCAGAAAGACUUAACAUCCCUGGUAAAGGUUCAACACAGAGCGACUAAGAUGAUUCCUGAACUAUAUUACUGAUCAUCCAAGUAGACUGAAGGCCUUAGGACUAACAACCCUUCAGACAAGACACAAUGGGGCAGAUCUCACUGAAACAUUCAUAAUCCUGGAAGUGAUGAAAACAUGAACCCGGGACAUGUCAUUGAGAUGUCCUGCACCACCAACACGACAUAACUACAAGCUGGCCAAGUUAACACAUAGAACAAAUAUAAGGAAAUACUUCUUCACACAGUCUGCCAACACAAGCUGUGGAAUCAAAAACAGUAUUGGACUACAAAAUACAUUAGACGAGACUAUCAAGAACAAUGGAAGGAUCCUACACAGGCCACUGACCAUAUUUCCUUGGCAUAGCGGCCUCUAGUGGGUGGCCCUUGGGUAAAUAAGUUAAAGGUAAAUAAUUUUAAUCUUUAUGGGUCACCUGAGGACUAUCUCUCCUGCCUCGUCUCCAGACACUUUCAGGAUGGUUAAAUCUGAGGCUGGUUAAGCUAGGGGUGGUGACUCUUCAGGUGAGCUCUAUGUGCCUCAGAGGAAAAGUAACAUUUGUUCUCAGUAAAGCUGUUUAAUACUACCUACUGACUCGACCUUAAGAUACUUAGAGGGAUUUUAAUUCUAUGUUAACAUCAAGUUUGUAAAGAAAACUUACAUUAAAAGAUGGAAAUUUAUAUCACAAGAGAGAUAGCUAAGUAGAUUAUCAGUAAAAUUAUCAUACAAGCUUGCAGUUGGUUCAGUUUGUAUAUAGACAAUGCAGGUUUACAGUUCAGCAUGUAUAUGUAUAGACAAUGCAGAUACAUUAUAUUACAGUUCAGUUUGUAUAUAAACUGCAGGAAUACAUUUCAGCAUGUAAGACAAUGCAGGAAUACAAUUGAGCAUAGAUCUAGAUAAUGCAGGCAUACAGUUCAGCAUGUAUAUAAGACUGCAGGUUUACAGUUCAGCAUAUAUAGUACAGUACCUGUAUAGACAAGGCAUGUAUACAGUUCAGCAUGUAUAAUAUAUAGACAGUGCAGGUAUACAAACAAUGGUAAACAGGCAGGCAAUAAGGCCAUCAGAUGCUUAUUUCCAGUACGGUUACUUAAUCUGUAUUUCAGAGUGAGGUUCAUUUUUAUACUUUUAAUUGGCUUUUGUCAACCUUAGCAACCAUCAUAAGUCAUAGAAGGUGAUUGGCUGCUGGUUGCUAUGGGAGAGUGGCAGUGUUGGUAAUCCUUAGCUGCCAUUUAAGAGUUGCUAAAACUAACAGGGUUUAGUUAAUGGGUCAGUUGUUGAAUUAGUAGAGGUUUUCAUCUUUUUAUGUGGGUUUCCUUUAUAAGCUAUCCAAGGAUUUACCUGCUGGUCUAUGGCAAUAAACAGCAGUGGGCAGCAUCCUUAUUAACACUGCUGUAGUUAAAUUCUUGGUUGUGCUUCCAUGGGUGUUGAGGGUCAGCUGGUGUGCUACCUACUGUGUACACUCUUGUUUACAUAUACUGUACAGCAUGUCUCAGAAAAAAUUUACACUACCAUAUGGAUUUUUGUGUCGAUUACAGGAAUACUCACAUUACGACGGCAUUAUUGUCGUCACCUCGGGAGUAAAAAAAGCGAGGACAAUUUUGUUUUUGAAAUAUAGUACUGUAUACUGUACAAACAUUCACACAAUCACCAGAAAAUUCCAUAUGACAGUGUGUGUGUUUUUCUGAGACACCCUGUAGUUAUUUAUGAAUUGUGUAUAAGCUAACAUUUUUUUUUACAGCCUUGGUAUUGGUGUAUGAGUUAUGAUACCUGUGAUUAUUGACAUUUCCAGGUGUGAUGAGCAUUUAUGAGAAUUGCACCGUUGAAAUCACCUGUCUGUCUGUUCUCUGAGUCCUUUGCAUGAGCAUUUUUAACUCUCAACGUGUGUGUGUGUUUACUUGUCUGUGUGUCUGUCUGUCAUGCAAUCAGCUCAAAAACUAAAGGCGUGGUUGUGGUCAAACUUUGUGGACACUUAUCAAUAGGUUGGGAGGAUGUGUUUUGACCAAGGUAAUGUAGAUGUGUUGCAGGUAUGUUACAGGUGUGUUGCAGGUGUGUUGGGUAGAGAGAGAUCAGCCACAUCAUGGGAGAGGAAAGAGGAAGCACACAUUAAGAAGAGAACAGAGGGAGAGAAUAAAAAGGGGAAGAGAGAGAACAAAGAAGUGUAGUGAUAGAGCAACUUGUCUGUUCCUCUAUUGUGGCCACCCAGUCAGAGAAGAGUUGUCUGAAGGAGUGACGCAUCAUUUGGUGAACCCGACUGUUAGAAUUUCCGUGAGCAGGUGACUUUUAUGGUUAAUAUUUUUAUGUUUGUAUGUAUGUGUAAACUUGGUUGAGUCUGUAUUGUGGUGUAACGAAGUAAAACCUUUUAAUUAUUUACAUACUUUGGUGUUUGUUUGUUGUUCUGUUAGGUUAAAAAUCUUUGUAUUUUGUAGAGCCAUUCAGCCUUGCAAAAACAGGACAUUUUUAUAUUUUUGUCCCGUCAUAUUUUUAUUAAUUUUUGGAGAGAUUGUAGUAAUUAAUGAACCCAUAAACAGCGGCCAUCAUCAGUGGAAGUCAUCUGUAUGGACGGUGGCCAUUAUCAGUGAGUGAUUCAUGUCCCUUGUGUUCAAAUUUUGUGCAUAAUAGGGCAGAGUAGGGAAUCCUUAGCCUCAGAUUAAGUGGUACAGUAAUAUAAUACAAAAGAACUUCCUGUACAUGUACCCAGAUGUAACAAAGACUACACUGAAGUUACUCAUAAAGUGUGUCAGUGUGGAUUGGUUUGACGACAGGCCAGUAUAAAAUUUCUCUCUGACGGUCGACCAGGACUGGUAUUCAUCAAGCCAAAUGAUGCAGCUAAGAAAUGUAGUAAAUGCAGCUUAAGGUGGUCAUGAUGCUGAUGGUAUCACUCCAGGUGUUUGGUCUCUGUCACAUGAUUUUUUAUUUAUUUAUUUUUUUUUUUUUGUCAUGCAACUUAGGAUUCACUGGAGUUCAAUGGGACCUUCACAUGGAUGUUCAUUGAAUUUCAUUAAUUUCUGAGUCGCACAAAGAAAAUGCUCAUGUGAAAGAGGCCUUCGUGUUCACCUUGUUGGAGGGAAAACACUUUGACCGAGUGAGUUAGGAUACUGAGUGAAAAUCUUGAGGUGGGGUGUUUCUCAUUACACAACGCUCGUGGAACUCACUGUCAGGUUGUGGCUCCCGUUAUUUCGGAUAUAAUUCUCACUCGCUGGUUGAGAAAUGGGGUAUUGUACUGUACUAUGAACUGCAUAAUAUGGCUUCCAUACUUCCUGAUAACCACUUUGCUCAUUGGUCGAGAAAUAGGGCACAGCACCAGACGUCAACUUGUAUAACUUGCACAAAUCUGCCCUGGUAUUUCCCACACCUCAGAUGGAAUUUGAGAUUAUACUUGUACUGUAUUUAUCACUUUCUUAUGUAAACUUCUGUGACUCCCACCAGUUGUCCUUGUCUGCUAAAGUCUAAGUUCAAAAUUUUUUUCCCUGUGACUAAUUCUCACCACUUGACUAACAACUGAUAUUAAGCGGUUUUAUCAAAGCUUAAAAAGUUUACACAAUGGUUUUAUUAUACAGGUAAAGACUGAAUUUACAAUUUGGUUGUUUCCCUUAGACCCCUAUUGUAAUAAAUUAUCAAGGUACUGUAUUGUAAGAAGAGGGAUGACUGUAUUAACCCCUUAUGUACAGGAUCUAUUGGUUGGGUAAUGGGGUAAAGAUCUUAGAACACUCUACUGUACCCUGUUGUAAAAUGAGAAUAUAGUCCAGUGUGUAUGAAUGUUUGGGUCACAUGAUGAUUAUCCCCCUCCUACUUUUAUUUCACCUGAUGAUUAAACACUGUAAUACUAUUGGAAGGUUAAAUUAGGUUAUAUUAGCAUUGGGGCGUUUAAUAAUCAGGUGAAAUAAUCAGGAGUGUCUAAUUUUAACGUGUAAUGAUUUUUUUCUAUUUAUUUACAUAUUUGUGUUGUGGUAAGAGAGUGAGUGUGUUAGGGAAUACAUUCAUAAUUAGCCAUAAGAAAAAGAGAUGGAACCAAAGCCUUAUAUUACUCUUAAUUAUUUGGUGUUCCUCGUAUAAUUCUUCACUAUUUUAAGUCAUGGUUUAGUACAACGUAUUUUACCGCAUUAGGAUUAGUUUUAUCAUUAAGUGACUGAUGGCUAUAUUAAUAUUUUUCUCUUGAGGCUGUGCUGUCGAUUGUAGGGUUAGCAAAGUCUUGUCACUAAAAAAAUACACUUAAUUUUUUGUCGGUUAUCAUGAAGAUUAGGCACCUCGGCUAUUCUACCUGAUAAUGAAACACCCUAAUAUAAUGCUAACCUAACCUAGAUUUACCGUAUCUAACCUAAUCUAACACCCCCCCCCUCCCCCCUCAGGUUGGAUUAUGGGUGUUGAAUCAUCAGUUGAGAUAUACUGGGGGUGCUAAUCUUCAGGUGAUCAGUUUUAUGUAUUCAAAAGAUGGUCAUUCCCAGUCUUGUAAAUCAUGCCCUUGUGUGUGUGUGUGUGUCUCUCACCUGCUGGAGGAAGACCUCACCCACCCUCACCUUCGGUAGAAUGUCCCUCUUUCCCCUCAGGCUUUAAAACUAAUUACUGGGUCAAUUUCCCACAUGUUCAUUUGGGGUUUGUGUCUCCAAUGGCUCAAAUUAUUAUGAAGGUGAUUUUGACAUAUCUUCCCUUUUUCCUGUUCAAUGAAAGUUAGAACUGAGAAUAUUUGUUCCUGUACAAUGAGUUAAUACUAAGAAAUAUUGAAAGGUCAGUCAUGGGCUGUAAGUACAGCUCCUCCCCGACUUACGACGGGGUUAGGGACCCAAAUCCAGGUCGUAAGUCGAAAAUGCGAAAAUAAUACAUAGAAAAUCUAAAAUGGGUGUCUCAUUUUCUUCUCAGCCCCACAAAACUCUCACCUUUAAGUUUGCCAGCCAUUUUAAAGUGAAUUACAAACGAAAAUUUUGUCCGUGUACUGAAGUUGGGACUCAAAAGUACGUAAUUUGACAAAAUUUUGGUACGACUGAGGCAGGUCACAAGUGCGGGUGGUCGUAAGUUGGGGAGGAGCUUUAUUAACUACGAGAAUAACAUACAUUUUUAUUGACUGUAUACAGGUGUGAUGUUUGAGUAUGGUCAUGAAUACUGGAUGUGUGCCUCUGAUUUACGGCCGUGAAUAUGUCCGAUAAACCUCGUAAGUGCGGGGUAAUUUAGGGGAGCUGCUGUAUUGACGUUUCUUUCUUGAUUUUUUGGAUCGUGCUCGAUUUUUAUUUACAAAUUUACCAGGGUUCUUUAUUCCUCUCUUUUUUGGGUGUGUGUGUGUGUGUGUGUGUACAGUAGUAAAGGUGAAGGGAAUUAUAUUUUUGGGGGAUUAAAUUUUUGUACUGUGAGUUUUAUUUACAUAUUUGGUGGUUAUAUUUUUUUCACGUUGAAGGUGAAUUAAAUUACCUUUACAGGGAGGGGAAAUUGUGGAUUUUUUUCAUAAUUGAAUAUUUUAUUUUACAUUACAGGAAUUUUGAACAUGGAGUCAAAAGCCGUAAAUGUAGGAAUGACAUAAAUUGUACUUUGUUGUAACUAAUGUACAGAGAGUGUGAUAAGUCUUGUACCUGGUGUGGAUUACUUUAUAAUUCCUGUUUAAUUAUAUAUGAAGUUCAGUUAUAAUGUUGACUGUCAAACUUCAUUGUGUGGAUAUCAUUAAUGAAUGCAGAGGAACAUCACCAUGACAACAUCCACCUGAAGUUUAUUAGUCUUGGGAAUAAACAGUUUCUCCUGGCAAUAAACAGUUUCACUUAUGGUUCAGAAUAAAUCUCUCUCUUUAGGUACAGACUUGCCACACACUCUAACUCUAUAUAAUGGUAAGUGUGUAUGAUGGCAUUUGACGUGUAAGAAACAUUGUAGAUGAACCGUGUAAAUAGUUUUUAGUUUUUUGGGGGUAGACUUACAAAACCAAAAUGGAGUAUGUGUGUUAGUGAAAGACCUUUUGUUUUAUAUUUAUAAUUAAGACGGUGUGUCAGGGCUUUGUGAUAAUAAAGACGUCGAUAUAGACUGUAUAUUUCUGCUAUGAAUAAUAAACUGUGAUCCAUUUCAGAUUUGUUA